AUGUCUUCGCAAAUGCAAUCUCGUGCAGCUCUUUCACCACUGAUGAUGAAUCGACCUCUAGUUAAGAUGGGAAAGCUGGACGAUCCGAUAGCGUCAGCCAAACUAAAUGCUGGUGACACUGCAAUGGACGUUGUUGCGGCGCCGGUUUCUUCUGGCUUGCAAGUGGAAAAGGAGAACGUUGUGUUUGUGCCGUCAAGUGAUGUUUCCGUUGGAGCAGACUCCAGCCUAGUAAAACAGAGUGGAGGAUAUUUGAAGGAAAAUACUUCGGAUGGAGAGGCAACGACUUCCGGUAGUAACCAGUCAGCUCAGCAACAGUUGGCCUGUGACGUCAGCACAUUGCAAAUUGAUGAUAGGGAUGUGCCCAAGAAGAGAUCUCGCGUUGAGGAAGCCGUAGAAGCCAAGGGUUCACUCGUCUCGUCGAAUUCGAAUGCUUCAUCCAAUUCAAAUGAAUCUUAUGCACGUUUGAUAACCGAACCCUUGAGGCCUUCUCGUCCAUCAUCGAGUAAAAGUGCUGACUGCCUUCAGAGUCCUGAACAUAUUUCGGUCCUUGGUGAAUAUGAGGAGAAGAAUACAUUGUUUUUCCGUCCGAUAUCCGAGGAUUACCAGAAGUUCUGGUGUGCGAAGCUAGGAUUCACGUUUUCCGGGUCUCCCGAACUGCGCAAGCGUACCUUCGGGCGUGAGAUUGAAUUUUCCCUGCGAGACAUGCCGUUGAGCUGUGACGUUCGAGGUGAUGGCAACUGCCUGUUUCGUACAUUGGCUUGGUGGAUAACCGGAGGAAAUGAAAAGGAGCACUUCAGGUUGAGGGAGAAGCUGAUCGAAUUCAUGUCGAAGUAUCGCUCUAAGUUUUCCAGUCUCCUUCCAAGUCAACAAGAUAUGGAAACUCACCUUCAGAGAAUGUCCGAAGAUGGAGAAUGGGGAACGCAAGUUGAGCUGGCUGCAGCAGCUUGUUGGCUUGGAGUGAAUAUUUAUACAUUCCUUGAAGGAAAAUGGUUAAAAUAUAGACCACUUUUCCGCUGGAAUAGUGACGGCUCCCCUCCGAUUACUUCAAAGGUCUGUCUCCAGCCUUGCCCGAUUUCAGAUUUGCAUCGAGAUGAGUGUACUGACAAUAAAGGUGCUAUCUUCAUCUGUAACGCUAGCGGUUGUCAUUUCCAACCGGCCGUCAGCGUGGAACAAUCGAGCUCGAGAAGGAAUCUGCGUCCUCGCAAGGAUGUUCGCGAAGUACCGAAGGAGUCAACCACACCACCACGUACUCCAGAGCCACCGUAUGUGUUCAAUUCGGCCGAUGGCCCUGUAUACUCCUUGGCAGCAGUCAUCUGCCACCAUGGGGAUUCGUUACUCAGUGGUCACUAUUCCACUUUUGCUCUAGACGCUACGAGACGAGAGUGGUUAGAUUGCAAUGAUAACACGAUUACGAAGGCUUCUGAGGUGGAAGUAAUAGAUAACUCAUCGUCAGUUGGCUACAUCUUCAUCUACAAUCGAGUAGAAGAUUCUCAACAGAGGUUGGAAUAG